UCAGGACAGUCGGAAACCUAUUUAACAUGACAAUGCUACGGCGGCAGUCGAGUGGAGUGUUGGACUCGGAGUGAGCGGGCGAUGGCAGAAAUCAGUGAAGCUCAGCCCAAAGAAUCCGACGAAACACCGCAGCCGUCGAAUUUAGACCCGGAGACCAUGCGAAAAACAAAACCCGGAGUGAAACGCCUCAUUCUCACCCUCUCUGUUCUCUUCUCUUUCCUCAUAGGUCUGCCAUUUUUGCUAAAAUCAGUGGAAAUCUACAGAUCACAGCUCCCCUUCCGCGACAUCGAUUCACUCUCAGCGGCAAUCGAAUCCAAUCCAAUUCUCUUCCCCUGCCAUUUCCAUGCCGUCUUUGUAAACUUUCCCGCCGCGUCAUCAUCAUCCUCCGGAAAUCAGCUAGGGUUUUCGAUUUACUCUCGCAUGCAAAAACUCUUCCCUAAAACUCCACUUUGCGGCACCUGCAGCAACUACUCCGUCAGCGUAACGUUGGACUCCAGUGGAUUGCUUGAUGGAUUUAAAUAUGACCGGAAUUUAGAUAAUUUCGACGAAAACUUGGAUGAAUAUUUAGAGUCCGUGUUGAGUAAAGAUGGCAAAUAUACGGUUGUGGUGGUGAACAGGGAGGAUGUGGAGGAGGUGAGGGCAGUGGUUGGCAAGUUUCGACAUGCGUGGAUCGAAGGGAGGAUUGAGAACGCGGAGGAGCUGGUGGAGAGGAUAGCGGAGAUAUUUGUCAAAGUUUUUGUCAAUGGUGGGAAAGAGGAAGGUUCAAUUCACGGGGAGUUUAUGCCUGUUGGAGCUGACGGGAGGGUUGUGCUCUCGUUCAAUUUGUUGAAUGCCGAUCCGCGUGAUUGGGUUUAUGAUUGGGAUUUUCAGAGUAUAGAAGAGAUUCUAUUGGCUCCAAUUGUUGAGGCUUUGAGACCUCUGGCAGACGUUGGUGUGGAAAGUCAGGUUUUAUAUCAUACUCCUAAGUCCUCUUUUUCUUAUUGGGAUGAGAAGCUGACCAGCCAUGUCUUCAGCACUAAAGAUCUUCCUUUCUUUGUUAAUUCCAAUGAGUGGCACCUGGAUACAUCAACUGCAGCUGGAGGACGGUCUAAAGUUCUGCAGUUUGUGGUAUACAUACCAUCUUCAAGAGAGUGUCCGCUUUUCUUGCAGCUACCCAAUGGAGAGCUUUCCUUGACAAAUGGCUUUAUAUCUCCAAUGUGGGGAGGUGUUGUUGUUUGGAAUCCCCCUGCUUGUUUGAAUAUUUCUGAAAGUACUCAUCCUCUUAGGCAUACGAUGUCCCUCAAGGACAUGAAGAAGGUUUUUGAAAUUUUCACUGGGCAGCUGCGACAGCUAUUUGGUCUGAAGUCUGACAGCAUGGUCACUAGUGCAUCAGGCAUGUCAAUACUUUUAGCCAGUGAAAGAGGCUUUGCAAAGUGGGAACGUGACGUGUUGUCACGGCAACAUACAUGCUUUAAUCUUCUCCAAUGUGGUACGACCCUUGGAUCGCUUUCUCGUUUGGUACAAUCCCUUCCAAGGAUGAUCAUCAUGGAUGAGAUUGGGAAACAGGUUAAGUUUUCUCUGGAAGCUGCAAAGCUAACUCUGACGAAUGCUUCUCUUGGAAUUUAUGAUGCCUCUGCUGUGUCCUCAAGACAAGCAAGAUCCUUGGCAGAGGAUGCUUUCUAUCAUCCAUCUAUGAUGUCUGUGAGCUACUACUCGUUUGAGCACUGUUUUGCUGUCUAUUCACCAUUCUUUCUUCCAGUUUCGCUCCACGUGCUUCUUGCAGUUCUUAGAGAAUGGAAAAGAUACAAGCAAGAACAGAAAAAAUAUCUUGCCUGGAAAAACAAAGGCAUUUGAAGUUGUUCUCAUCAGCUCAAUGCAUGACUAUGGUAUGGGCCAAAGAGUUUCGGUCGUGAACUGACAACAUGCACGAUUUCAUAGGGAUCCCUCCCUUGCGCCCAAAAGCCUCUAGCUGCAUUUUGGAAAGGUGUAACAGCUAGAUGAUACUCGAUGAAAUUGAGAGCAAUCUUUUACAGGCAAAUCCAAGUAGACUUGCGUUAGCCUUAGAUUUUCCUGACAAAAUUUUUGUAUAAACUAACAACAAUUGAUUAUGUAUAAAUGAUUGAAUUUGUUUCUUGUU